AUGCUUUCUUCAAUCCCGUAUACUAACUACAUGUUUUUUUCUACACUCGCAGGUUCUAAUGGAGGCUGCGAGGCGUUCUAUCUGAGGGUCUGCUGCGAUGACUUCAGAGAAACAACGUCGUUUGGCGGCCUUCCAUGCUUGGUGGCGUACAACAGAGGAGCAGCUCCAGGGCAGGUGAAGGUUCUAUUCAAGGCCUUGUGCAUCGCUCCAGAUGGUGUCAUUGGAGCUCCAAGGCGAGGUGAACGUACCUGCCAACAGCACCUGGCAGGUGCCUCCUCUCUCUCCAUCAGCUGUUGCUUCAUUAACGGAUUUCAGCAAGCCCAAGAAUCAAGAUUCAUGAAGGCACCAUGGCCUGCUGAGGCAUUUCAAGGCUCAACAACCAUGGAAGAUAGCUGCACACAGCAGCCGACAGCAGGAGAGAGUAAGAGAGAGCAGCAAACCGCAGCCGCAUCCUCGCCCUCCCCCGUGCCUCCUUCGCACCGUUCCGCGCAGAUUCUUCCGCGCCGAUAUUUUCCGCGCGCCUCGCCGUCGCCUGCUCCGACGACGCUCGCGAUGGGCGACGAGGCGUGCGACGAGGCGGGGGCGUCGCUGCUGUGGCACGAGGGCGAGCCGGAGUGGGCGCAAGUGGCGGGCAUGGCGAGCGACCUCGUCGUCACCAUCGGCCAGCGCGCCUUCCACGUGCACCAGUACCCGCUGUACGCGUUACUAGCCUUCCACGUGCACCAGUACCCGCUCUUCUCCCUGUCAACAGUGAUAGCGAACGCGGCAGCAGCAUCAGGCGAGGGCACUGGCCCCAUGCAGGCAGAUCUCUCCUUUCUCCCCGGUGGUGCACUCUCCUUCAUCCCCAUCGCCUGCUACUGCUACGGCCGCCCCUGCCGCCUCUCGCCCCACUCCGUGCUGCUCGUGCGCUCCGCAGGUACUGACGCCUUCUCUUUGCAACUCAUGCUCUUUCUAUCCGCCCUCCUUAUCUUCCCUCUUCUCAACCCCCCCGUCUUCUCACUCUCUCUCCCUGGCAGCGUCUCUGCUGGAGAUGAACGCGUGUGGGCCCAGCCACGCACUGCCGCUGCAUUUGAGGCACCUCAACAACCCCCUCCCUCCCCCCCUUCCCCUUUCGCCCCCUUCCCGUUUCGCCCGCUUCCCCUGGCAGCGUCUCUUCUGGAGAUGAACGCGUGUGGCCCCAGCCACUCACUGCCACUGCCGCAGCUGGCGUCGCAGCGAUUGCAACACUUCCUGCAGCACUGGCCGCACUGCCUGCACGUGCUCUCAUCGUAUGUCUGA